GACUGUUUGUGACAUGAGCACUCAUAUCUCAGUCUGUAAAAAUAGCACCGUGCUCUCAUGUAGACGUAGCCUGAAAAAGCCACGCGCUGUAAACACGACUCUGAGUAACAUAGACGACCUUCUCACACAAAUACACAGCUUCCAUCAUGAGAUCAGACCGGAUGAGUUCUGGUAUUCCUGUGUACGACCUCUCACUGAUUCAAAAACUGUGGGAGGGGCGCGUGAAAAAAUACAGACAGCGACAGAAGAAAGAGGAAGAGCGAAUCAGCAAAAGUGCUUUGACCAAGUUGAAAGUAGAAUGGCAGUAUCGCAUCGCAUGUAGAAAGUUAAAGAGUUCAGAGGUGGAGACGUUGCAGUGUUAUCUAGAGAGAUCAACUCUUACACAACUCAACAUUCUGCCCAACAUUAAUAAAGAUAAUAAAGAAGAGGACAAGAAGUUUAUUUUUGAAUUGACUGGAAAUAAAUGGAUGAAAUUACCUGAAGAGCUUCAGUAUAUGACCUAUCUGAAGGAAUGGCACAUCCAUGGAACAAAGAUUCCGGAGAUUCCCACUUAUAUUGAGAUGUUUGUGGAUCUGUGUGUGCUGGAUGUCCCAAAAAACGGUCUGACGAGGCUUCCGGCUGAGAUCGGAAAACUAAUCAGCUUAAGGGAAUUAAAUGUAAGUUAUAAUAAAUUGAUUAGCAUUCCAGCUGAACUUGGAGAUUGUGAAAAUCUGGAGCGAUUGGAAAUGACAGCAAACAUCAAUCUGACAGAGUUACCUUUUGAGCUGAGUCAUUUAAAAAAACUGAAGUAUUUGGACAUGUCAGAAAAUCAAUUUCCCACUAUUCCCAUCUGUGUCCUUCGCAUGGAGAGUCUGACAUUUCUGGAUAUCAGUAACAACAGACUCAAAGAUCUCCCUGAAGACAUUGACAGGAUUGAGGCAUUAGAGACGGUGUUCCUACACAGAAAUAAGAUCAAAUUCAUCCCUAUGUCCAUGGAUAACAUCACACACCUCAAGAUGUUGGUGUUGAGCGCAGAUGAGCUGAUCAGCAUCCCAUCCAGAUUCGUGGAUAAUCCUGACAUCAAAUUAAUCAGAUUAUAUGACAAUCCAUUAAAGACUGAAGAUGAAGAACAUGUGAGUGAGAUAAACACAGAUGAACAUGAGAAAGAAUUCAUGAAGAUGUAUCUACAGUCAUUAGAGGAAAGAGAAACUCAACCAACCUACACCACAAAAGUGUCACUGAACUGUCUUCUAUAAGAGUCAUCUUUAUCUGUGUGCAAUAAUAUGCAUUUAAUGCCAGAAUUUUUUCAUGUUAUUUUCUCAUUCCGAGUGUGAUAGAAACAGUUUGCACUGAAUACCACUGACUGUAAUAAAUACUGACUGAUGUGCAGGUUUGAUUUAGAAAGAUUAUUUAUUUCUAAUCUGAUGUGACCAAACAGGGUUGUUUCACAGCAUUAUUGUACUUUGUUUUAUUUUGCCUUAAAUUCAAUGAGAAAAAAACCUUCCAUUACUGACAGCAGGGUUACAUUUCACUUUAAAGUAGGGCUGCAUAACGAUUAAUCGCAACUAAUCGUUUGCAGAAUAAAAGUUUUUGUUUACAUCAUAUGUGUGCAAUGUGUAUAAUAAUUAUGCAUAUAUAAACACACACACAUGCAUGUAUAUUUUAAGAAAAAAAUAUGUAUAAAUUAAGUAUUCAUAUUUAUAUACAAUAUAUACAUAUAAAAAUGUAUAUACACAGAUUCCUUAAAUACAGUUGCAUAAUUUUAUACACAGUACACACACAUGUAUGAUGUAAACAAAACUUUUAUUCUGCAGAAGAUUGGUUGCGAUUAUUCGUUAUGCAGCCCUACUUUCAGAGUGAGAAGAUUAAAUGUUGUGUGUCAAAACAGUCAGAUGUCACUUAUGGAAUAUGAAGUGGUUUAUUGAAAUAUUGAUCAAAGAAUAAAUCAACAAAUGCUUAUAACAGA